CCCUCAUCGCGACUGACCCUCGUCGCGCCCCGCAGCUCUGCGAACCCAUGGCUCGACUUCCUGUCCGCCCCCGCCGCACAUGAGCUCGCCCACCAGCUUAACGACGACCUCGAGACGUACUGCUCGACGUCGCCCGGCCUCGCAGGGGGCCCGCUCAAGCAGCUGUACGGCUUCGGCCUCCUCCCGCUCGUCCCAGAGGUCACCACCGCGUCCCUGCUCGACACCGUGCACCAGAUCUCCGCGCUCCCGCAUCUCAAGGGCGUCAUCAUGGGCUCGCGCGGCCUCGGGAACGGCCUCGACGACGACGCGCUCGAGCCCGUGUGGGCCGCACUCGAGCACGCCGGCCUCGUCGUGUUCCUCCACCCGCACUACGGCGUGGACGGGAAGGAGUGGGGCGGCAGGGACAACGGGCACGUCCUCCCGCUCGCGCUCGGCUUCCCGUUCGAGACCACCAUCGCCGUCACGCGCCUCAUCCUCGCCGGCGUCCUCGACCGCCACCCCGGCCUGCGCGUCCUCCUCGCACACUCCGGGGGCGCGCUCCCGCAGCUGUCCGCGCGCCUCGCGUCCUGCAUCGCCCACGACCCCGUCGUCGCCGCGCGCCUGCAGCACGACGCGCGCUUCUACCUCGGCAGGCUCUACUUCGACGCCGUCGCGUACGGCGCCGAGGAGCUCGCGUUCGUCGGCGACGUCGUCGGGCGCGCGGACACGUUCGCGGGCAGCAGCGCGAGCGCGGCGGCGUCGAGAGGCGCGGGGCUCGGGCAGCGCAGGCGGGGCAGCCGGCGCAUGCUGUUCGGGACGGACCACCCGUUCUUCCCGCCGCUCGGCGAGACGGAGAGAUGGAAGAGCGUGGUGGAGAACUUGGAGGCGAUUGAGGGCGUGCACGGCUGGGACGAGGCGGACAAGGACGGCGUAAGAGGGGGGAAUGCACUGGCGCUGUUUGGACUCGUAUAUAACAGCUUUGCCCGCGCCAACCUCAACCGCCAAGACGGCUCUUCCCAGGCGCGCGGAAAUAUCAAUGCAACGC